UUGCACUGAAGAUCACUUUCGAACACUUCUAAAGAACUGAGUUUCAAACCCAUCUGUCGCUCUAAAAACUUUAGCAUUUUUUAGUACGAGUCAAGCAACAUAUUGGUAGAAGCCGAAAGAUCUUGAUAUGUAAUCUAACGACUUCUGUCUAUGUUAAUUCAGUGAUCACGAGCCGAUGAACUGUACAUGAAGAAACACCUAUUCAUAAACACAUAGCUUGAAGAAGAACAUGAAGAAAGACGUGUUUUCCAAUUUGUUUUAAGAUUUUUACCUCGCGCUAGCUAGCACUCAUGCGUAAACUCCAUCCAUUUUCAUGACUGAUAAAUAUUGAAACUGUCUUUUCAAGCAACAAUUUAGAUUUCUUUGGUACCUUACUUAACUUAAAUAAUUUUCCUCGUCAGAGAUUAAUGCAUCUUUUAAUAAUUUAUUGCCCGGAAUGAGUGUGUAUUUGCUGACCCAUUUAUCUUUGUAUUUCUAGAGGGAUUUAUUAUAACAUUGUAUAACUAUUUCUUCUGCAUGUGUUCCUGUCUCAAAUCUCAGUAGCAAAAACUAUCGAAAAAUAACAUCCAUUUAUUGAAAACUUUUGCCACACCAUGCAGUCNUUUUUUUUUUUUUUUUUUUUUUUUGCUGCAGUGCCGGUAUUAUUACGCGUAGUCCUCAAAUUCAUUUCUUGACAACUUGUUUCUGUUUUGUUUUUAGCUUCCUUCGAGAGCAUUCGAGAAACUUGUAAUGCUUAGCAGACAGAAAAUAAUGUCCAUUGUUUAGUUGAAUCGGGCUCUGUAGCCAAUACUUGCGUGCCUAUGUUCAAUCUACAUGUAUUUCCACGCCUCAUUCUAAUCAAUGUUACUUUUCAACAGAUCAAGUGAGCGAGAAACUUCACACACAAAAUGGAAUCGCUGAAGGAAUUGCUGAAGCCUAAAACCUUCAACAGGAUCAGUUACGUAGCAAUUAUUUGUUGGAUCCUAUUUGGAGUAAUCCUGCUCGGCAUCUUUGCAGAAAUGGAGAACAGUGAGUCCAGGUUUGAUUUCCGCUGUGCUGCGAAAAGUGAAAAGAUAGACCUCGUUCGAGGACAGUGUUUUGAACAGUACGAGAAACAAUACAACAAAUCUGGUGUUCCUGUUUACGCCUUUGUGAUUUUGAAUUUUUCUCUCAUUGGAAUUGUUGGAGUGAUUUACUCUCAAGGCGUUAAGUCAAGAGUGGAUCAGCUGCUGGCAGCUAAUCGCGAAAGAGAUGCCGAAAGACAGAACAACGACAACCCAACUGAGCGAAAACGCAGGUUGUUUGUGGCGUAUCUUUGUCAACUUGCCAACAGAUUUGCAAUGGGAAUUGUUUUUAUAGUCCUACAGACUCAAGUUCUUUAUCCUGCCAAUUUCCCCUCCGACUUUCUUUGCCAAAUAGCAGGAGGCAGUCACGCGGCGAAUGGGUCAUCAACCAGCAACAUUCAGAACAGCACCAUGUACGAGUGUCACAAUCAACGAGCAACGAGGAAAACCUUCUGGAUUCAUGCUGUCACUUUCGUAAAUGGAGCUCUUGCGCUUAGUAUACUGAUUGAGAUCAUCUGCAUCUUGUCACGAGCAAGAAAGGGAAAGAAAUUCCUGGAAGAUUCGCAGUUUCUGGCAGAUCAUCUCCCCCCUCGAGAAGAACAAGACUCUCGAGAAUCUGUAGAUCAGGAACUACAACAACAGGAAGAUUCUCGAGAAUCUGAAGAUCAGGAACUACAACAAGAAGACUCUCAAACAUCUGAAGAUGAGGAGCCACAGCAAUUACCGUCAAAAAUAUCCACAUUGAUGGACAGCCUGAAGGAAAGUAUCAGACACUUCACGGAGAGACCUACAGAUCUUGAGGCCCUGUUUAAAAAAGAUCACGGUGAUCCAACACGUAAUGAAGAUCUGAAGAUUGAUAGUAUUUAUACUAAUUUGGUUCUCAUUACAAACACGGCACAAUAUGAUUUCUCCGGCGACAGAGAGCGACAGCUUAACGUCUACCCAAGACCAAAAGGAAAUUCUCUACCGAAAACACGAGGAGAUGUUGUUGAUGUCAAAAACGAAAAAGUCCUCAUUGUUGGCCGUCCCGGCAUCGGCAAAACAUUGUUCUGUACAAAAUUUUUACGUGAAUGGGCAUCUAACCAGCGCCUGUUCAAUGCUAAACUGCACUUUGACUUUGCUCUCCUCCUGAAAUUCAGGAAAUUUAACUCCGUAGAACAACUCAGCCUUCGUGAACUGCUUUCAGCAGCAGAAUUGUCACCGCCAGAAUAUCUCAAUGAUGAAGUUUUGAGUUACAUUCUUGAAAAUCCCGGCAAACUACUUAUCCUGUUUGACGGCUUGGACGAGUCUGCAUAUAUUUCAAGUUUCCGCGAUAACCAGCCCGUUAGCAUGAGUGAGGAACAACGAAUGCCUCUCUCUGCCCUCCUUUACAACAUAGUGAAAGGACAUCUUCUCCGCGGAGCCACUGUUUUAACAACUACAAGACCCACUGCCGUUUCAGACGUAAAACAUUUUCCUUUCCGCAGAACAUUUGAAAUUCUUGGCUUCGCAUCCGAACAAGUUGAAGAAUACGUUAACAACUUUACGAAAAAUGCAGCGGAGAAUGACACAGGAAAAAAAAUAUGGCAGCACAUCAGCACUAAUAUGAACAUUUUCACGUUAUGCUAUAUCCCUGUCAACCUCUUCAUUGUUUGUUCAUGCUUGCUGGAAGUUCUAAAUUACAAAACUCUUUCAACUGGUCUUCCAGAAAAGCUGACACGCAUUUACCAGAUAGCAACAAAACUAUUUUUCUUCAGACACAAUGAGCCGUAUCGUGACAAACGCCUCCAUCGGGAAGACAUUGAAUCAAAAGAUUGGCCUCCUGAAUUCAAGCCACUGUCGAAAAUUGCUUUCGAUGGCAUAAGAGAGAGAAAACUUGUCUUUGGUGCAAACGAAGUCAGCAAGGAUGUAGUUCAAAGUGCGCUCUUUCAUCGCCUACCAGAUCUUCAGACUGACUCAUUCAAAUACGAAGCUCAAUUCUGUUUCCUUCAU